AUGAACGACUUCCUCAACAAUCCUCUAAGCAGUUCCCCUCCACCAGAAAAAUCCGAGGUUUUUUCUCCAAAAACAACGGCUACACAAACUGGUACACCGCCUCCACCAGCACCAUCACAGCCACCCGCACAAGGCAUAUCGCCCCCAAGAACUCCUCCUCCUGCCCCAGCAGAUGAACAAGAGCGGAAAACCAAGGCACGGUGGGUGGGGAUGGGCGAGUUUGAGUCGGAGCAGCACUAUUACCCCCGGGUUCUAAACGCACAGAUCCAUCCAUUGGUCCAGUCGUUCUUAACCUUGGGUAAUGAGCGCAUCAUUGCACGCUAUACACAUUUGAAUCCACGCGUCCAAGCAGACACACUGCGUGAGAUCCUUAGCUACCGACCCAAGUAUUUCCAAUGGGCAGGAUCCGAUCUGUUCAAUGUCACAACGGCCUCUGGAAAACGACAAAUGAUUGUUAUCGAGACCAACUCGUGCCCCAGUGGGCAAAAGUCCAUGCCUAUCCUGUCUGAAACAGACGAGCACAACGAACAUGGCGGGUACCGCAUGGUGAUUGAUUCUGCCUUUAGAGAACAGCUCUCCAAGGCCGAUCCGAAACUUGGCGACUUGGCCGUCAUUUACGACAAGAACGAGAUGGAAUCGAGUGGAUACGCAGCGGUCCUGGCAGAUGUGGCAAAGGAACAUGUCUGGUUGGUAGAAUGGUACGAUCAUGAUCCGGCACCAAACGUCAAAUGGCAAGACGGCGUGCUGCACGUGCGAGACGAAAAAAAUGUCUGGCAUCCCAUCCGCGCAUGCUUCCGCUAUCUGACACAAAAGCCUUGGAAUCGAUUUCCGCUCAAGAGCAAGACGAUUGUCAUGAACCAAAUCAUCUCCUGCCUUGCUGGCGGACGCAACAAAAUGAUGGCUUCAAGAGCAUACGACUUUUACAACUCGGAGCUGGUUGAUACUGGCCUGUCCGUACGCACGCCUGAAACAAUCAACAAUGUGACCCGUGGUGAGAUCCCGCUGUAUAUCCGCGCUAUGGGCAACCACGCUGUCCUCAAGGUUCCCUACAGCAAUGCAGGCCAAGGCGUAUAUACCAUCACCAACGAUGAUGAACUCAAACAUUUUUUGAGCGAGGAUCAUCAUUAUGACAAGUUUAUCGUCCAAUCCUUAGUAGGAAACGCUUCUUGGUCUAGCGUAACAAGAGCCGGCAAGUUCUAUCAUGUUGGCACAAUCCCAAACAAGAAGAAUUGCGACACCUUUGUUAGUGACCUGCGCAUGAUGGUGGCAGGUAGCGAACAGGGGUUUCGACCGAUUUGUAUCUAUGGUCGCAAGGCACGACGACCAUUGACAACCAAGCUGGAUCCGCAUGAUAACACGUGGGAAAUGCUCGGCACCAACUUGUCGAUCAAACUUCCGGAUGGCUCAUGGACCACUGAUACCUCACGUUUGAUUCUCAUGGAUCGCCGCGAUUUCAACCAACUCGGCAUCGGAGUCGACGAUCUUAUCGACGCCUAUAUCCAGACAGUCUUGGCCGUGAUCGGUAUUGACAAAAUGUCUGAACGCCUGAUGGCUGCUGGACGGUUCGACUAUCAAUUGUUCCGAAGUCUGAAUCCUGACGACGCCUUGCUCCGAGAGAUUCAGCAAGCAAAUGCGGAAGAUUUUAUGGAUCAGCAUUAA